AUGUCAACAACGAAAAGACACCGUAAACCACCAUUGCAUCCUCAAGAACCCUAUGAUCCUUACAAACUGUAUGAACAAUCAUUCAAACAAAAAGGACAAGGUAGAUAUGUUCUCUACAAGACCUACAAUUUGGGAAUGCUUUGGUGCUCGUUGACAUUUGGCUUUUUUGCCCUUGAUGCCUUCAACCCUUCACACUAUGUCAGUGUUCGACUGAAUAUUUCCGACCAGGAAGCACAGGCCUACGAUGAUUUAUUUGAUUAUCCUCUAAGAAUUGCAUCUAUGGUGACAACAGCCAUUGCAUUUGCAUUGAGUGUAAUUUUAUUACUUUGGUUCUCGAUGCGACGCUCCAUUUACUCGAACAUUCACUAUGUGUUACAUUUUGGAACAUUGUGUGGAUUAGUACUGAGCUCUCUAGUACAAUAUCUAUCAAUUAUCGUUUUUUACAUGAGUAUGAAUGACAUUGUUGUGGAUAAUGUCAAGAUGGUUUAUACCUUUCGGAUUAUUUGUGGCGUGGCUUUGGCAGUUCAUGAGCUAUGUGCCUAUAAAUUACUCUCAGAGAUGUGUGAAACGAAUGGUUCAAGUCCAGGAGUGAUACUCUCUUUUGCGCUCACUUCACGGAGUUUCAAAUUUGCCUUUGAUGAAAUUAUUUCAUUACAAGAUUGGAUCACUCCAGCUCAAGUCAUGAGUGUCUUGUUAUAUUUGGGAUUUAUUGUGAUCAUUUCAGUCAUCUCGUACACAAGUUUAGAGAUUUAUCAAUAUCUUCAAAAUCAUCCCUCGUUAUUUGAUUCAAAAAAACAAACUUUAGAAUUGUUAAAACAUCAAAUGUACGAUUCAAAGAGAACAUUUGUUGAGAAAAUCAAACAAGUGUUGAAAAGAAAUUUAGCAUACCUCUUGAUGAUGACGUUUUUACUGUGUAUGACAGCAUUGUUUUGGUUUGGAGUGAGAAUUAUGCCUCUCAAUUCUGGUGGAUGGUAUUGGGCUGAGCGUGUCAAUGUAGGUGUCAAUGACAUCAUUUCAUUGAGGUUGGCCAUUCAUUUUCUCAUUCUUGUGACCCUACCCUUUUUUGGAGCUUUAUUCGAUCAGGGAGGUAAAAACAAGGAGCAACGGAAGAAGGAAUUACAAUUGUUGGAAAUUAGAGAAAACAAAAAGACAAGUAUUCCUGAGAGUUCCAUUUCACACAAACGAAAAACAUCAUUUGUUGAAAAGAUUGCAAAAUCAUUUCGAUUGAAAUUUAGAAUAGUUUUACUAUGUUUGGGAAUGAUGGUUGCAAUUGGCUCUUCAUUUUUCUAUACCAUUGAGUCUCCUCAAAACGUACCACUUUAUGAUUUUUCACUUAAUAUUGUGACGUUUAUUCACUCUAUUGGAACUGCAAUGGCAACGAGUGCCAUACAUUUAAUACCAAAAUAUUACUUUUCAGUAAUCAAUAAGGACGAAAUUGAGGAAAAGGCAACGUAUUUGAAACGUCGAUAUUACAAAAACACUCCACAAUAUUUAUUUUAUUUGCAUAACAUUUUCUAUGAACAAACAGAAUUUACUGGAGUGAGAUAUUUAGCAUGGUACUCCUUAUUAAGCACUGUCAAGAACAUUUCCCUUCUCUAUCACAUGUAUGCCAAGUUCAGAAUGAAUGUACUCAUUACUGCAGCUGUAUUGAUCUUUGUACUUUCAUUGAUUGCCUUUUUAGUAUUGGCUGUUCUAUCCUAUGUGGAUUUUAAAUAUGUAAGGGAAAGAACGAGAAAUCAACAUGACGCUUCUGAACAGACCCUGGAAACUCCUCUCAUAUCCUCAACACAGGAAGAACAGCUCCAUGAUCAUGUAAAGGAAAUGACCUCUUCUUCCAAAUUUGAUCCAUCCAGUCUCUUUACCAAACAUGUCAUUCGAUUUAAGGGUUGCACUCGAUUCGCAGUUGCUGUUUUAACAUGGCCCAUUGAUGUGUUAAUGACUGCUAACAUGACACUAUUCAUUACGUGUUUGUGUGGAGCACCUACCAUCAUGUUGUCGUUGUAUGAAGCUUUGGAACCUUCGAAUAGGCAAAGUAGUCAUCCUGUAGAGAUUGUCUUUUUGUGUUGUCUAUUUGUAUUAUUUCUAUUUUCAUUCCUUUUUGUUUACAAGACCACGUUUCUCAAGUUUAUGGGUCUUCAUUUCUUCAAGUGGACUCGAAGACUCUAUAAUUUAAUAUUUGAUAGUCCUUAUUCCACUAUUAGUGGUUAUGUGAAUGGUGCAUUUUCAUUUGCCAAGUAUGAAAGUCGAUUAAUGGAAAUGAAGAAGAAGCGAGAACGAAAGGCCACUAACAAUUCUGUUCCACUUGUGAAAACGUUGCACCAAAUGAUUGAUCCAGGACAACAAGAGAAUGCACAUCCAUCGAAUUGGGAUUUACACUCUGAGGAAAAUGAUGGAGGAUAUUAUGUGUCCUAUGAAUUAAUGAGUACGAAGAAGAAUUCUCCAUCCCUGAACAAUGACCACAAUUUAGUGUUAGAAGAAGAAGCCAUCGACUCAAAGCUAUUAACACUUGCUGAUGAAGUGAAACAAGACGAUUAUGUUAUUGUGACCACCAAGGACGAUCGAGUAUUUCCAUACGAAGAUUUAGAAGACAAUGAAAUUGAAAGAGUUAAAAUCCAACACUUUAAAUCUAAGGAAGAUUAUGUGAACUAUUUGAAUUCAUCAGAAUUUUUACAAAGGUUCAAUGAGAGAGAUUAUUCUUUCACAAGAAUUACCAAUGGAACAGUUCUUUUCAAGAAGAGCAAAUAUAAGCACGUAUAUACCAAUGAGAGGAAUUUAAAGUACAUUCGUUCCAUUCGGCCUGGAUCUAGCUUUACACUCUUUGUCAUUUCCUAUUUUUGUGGAUACUUUUUGAUUCCUCAAGUGUUUUCAUGGUUCAAAUUGGCACCCAUUCCAAUCGUGUCCAAUCCUUAUACUUUCUUAAUUGUGACGUGCAAUUUUAUAUUUGGAUUUUUAAUGUUUUAUCCUUUGGUGGCGGUUUGGAUGGAUGUCAACCAGUCCAUUACCUCUUCACUCAAAGAAGCCAUUGUGAUGCUUGAAGACACAAAAGCCAAACUUCAAAUUCAUCAUUCAUCAGAAAAUAUCGAAUUUGACCCCAAGAAACAAGUCAAAAUCAAAUGUUCCAAAGAUCAAUUCUACCUUUUCGAUGUGAAUAUGAUUACUCAAUGGUACAAGAAUAUGACUUUUAUUCAGAAAACUGUGGAUGCUAAAAUGUCAACCAUGAAACAUAAUUUGGUGAUUGUUUUUGUUUUGGCAAAGGCAGGCUCAGUAGUACUUUCAUUAAUUUCACUCUUCACAAAUAUUGAAUUCACUCCACAAAACUUUCAACCCAUGUACAUUGUAUUAGGUUUGGAUCUGGCUGUAUUGUUUUUUGUCAUUGAUCCAUGUGCAACCUUGUACUUCUUUUUAUGGAAAAAUAUCAUUACCAUGUUAAAGAUGAGAACCAAGGUUACAGGACUCAUUAACAACUAUCCUCAAGAAAAUAAGGAACAAGUGAAUCAAUUUGCUCAAACAUUCCACUACAUUCAAUAUUGGAAUGAAUUACAACGAAUGCAAAAUAUGAUUGGAUGCCGAUUUGAUAUUCAUGGAUAUCUAUUCCUUACCAUUGAUCAAAACAUGUACAAGAAUUGGUUCUAUUCAUUAUUGGCAACUCUCCCGCCAGCAAUUGUCAAAUUGAUUAUUCAGAAAUUCUUUACGACUGGUGGAUUUUUCAAAAUUUAA